ACAACGCUUCAAUUGAUUGUAACAUAGAUCAAACGUUGAUUCAACACAGAUGCAAACCGAAUGGAAGGAAACGGGUCGGAAGAAAACGCAAGCACGACUUCUGACGAGAAGUCUGCAUUACCAGACAUGGAGCAAAAAGAGGAAGAAAAUGAAACUGGAAGACAUUUUGCACUUUACUCCUGCAAUGUACACAAAGAAGAGAGAAACUCCGAAACUGAGAGUAUAGCAUCUGAAACCAGUCAGACUGAUAGCAAUAUAAGCUUAUCUGUGUUAUCUACUGAUUUGGAUGCAUCGGUUGAGACUGAACUCAGGAAAUUCAUCGGUCAGAAACUGGCAAAGAAUUUAGUUUAUAGUGAUAAUGGAUCAAUUGCCUCAAUGGAUUACAAGUCAGAUGAGGAUGUAAAGACCAGUUUCUCCUGUUACUAUUGUAUGCUGGAGAAUGUGGAGGAUAAACAGCUGAGUGUCAAUGAUGACAGUACACCUGACCCCCAACAAAGGAAAUACAUUGUUUGUUUUAUGGCACUUCAGAAAAACAGUUUGGAUUAUUUUCAACAAGAACUGGAUGUCUAUUCCAAAGGUGUUUUGAAAUACCUUGAUCAGCAGGUUUGCUGUGACCCUAGCAUGCAAGAAGGACAAGCGGCACAGGAUGGUAAAUUCCAGCUUACUAAUAUUGACACUUCUGUACGAGCUUACCUGGGGAAUUGGUGUGAGGUGACCAUGGACUACACCUGUCGAUGUAUGAAAAUACUCAAGCACAGUGCCAAGUACAUUCUCUAUGGGGCCUUAGUGGAUGCCAAGUUUGAGUUUGAAGGCAUGACAGAGCAGCAGAAGAAUGACUUAAAAAGGUUUCUGAGUGCUUGUAAUCUGUCAGAGAUUUUAAAGCAAACGGACAAAGAAAAGCGUGGAGCCAGUCCAGCAUCUACAGGAAGCCUUGACUUGCUGGUUGACCUGGGGGAGUACAAUGCUGCCCCCCAACAGACACUCACACUAACUCUAUCACAGGACGAGAUGACUUGUUCUCCUCAAGAUUGCACAGCCUUCUGUGAGGAUUGGGGUAAAGUUUUAAACAAAACUGACUCCCAUAGAGCCAGUCAAAUCAGGCAUGUUUUGGAAGCUUUUAAGAUAAAGUACAUCCAAAGUAUUAAUACUCUGAAGAGACUGCUUAUUCAGGCGGAAGCUGAUUACUAUGCAUUAUACAAAUCCUAUGUGUUCAUAAGGAAUUCUGGAAACUCAGAAAUACUUCUAAAUUACAGUCAUUUAGACUCUAUACAUGAGGUGCAAGAUGUUGUUAAGUCCUUGAAGGAAUUCAUCUCAGAAAUGAAGCAGAACCAGGUAUAAAAAGCAAAUGACAUAAGCAGUAUUAUACCGACUGAUAUUUUUUUGCUGAGGACAUAUUUAUUUCUUUUUCCAUCAAAAAUAUUUGAGGAUAUAUUUAUUUCUUUUCCCAACUAUUAGAAUGUAUGAAUACAAAAACAGUACCAUAUUGUAUGUAGAAGAGAUGUGAAAAAAAAGAAGAUAAAAAUGAAAAAAAUAAAAUGAAUUUUGUACCUACCAGUUAAAAUAAGCUACCUAAUAGUUAACUAUUAUUAUCUACAGACCAAAUGAUCAAUUUUUGAGAAAAAAGUAUGUUUUUUGUUGUUGUUUUUUUAAAAAAAAACAUUUUGUAAUUUGACCUUUAAGGUCAAAUGUAUUGUUCAGUUUUUGGUGCAAGUGAUGAAAGGCAACAAUAUAUUCCUUUAUGAUUGUACUACAGUUCUAAUAUUUAGUUUGAGAGUUGAUGUUGGGGUUAACUAUUAUUUCCUGGAGUCAAAUCUGUAAAAAUAUGAUAGUUUCAAUGCUUUCUACAUUGCAAGACCUAAUUU